CUGUCAGGUGAUCGACCAGGAUCAGGAACGGUGUGUGUGGAGCACAGAGACCUUCUUCAUAAAUCUGCUCAGUUCAUGGAUAUUCCCCUCUGGGCAGGUGGUGUGUGUAAGUCGCAGUGCGGGAGGCUCCUGACCGAUCAUCUGUGCCGAUUAGGACUUCCUCUCUUCAGCACGCGGAGUAAACAGAGAGAGCGAGGGAAGCCGUGUCGACAACAGGACGAGAGACAGAGAGAGAGACAGCAGUGUGUAGUUAAAUGUGGAAACCGUCCUCUCUGAGCUCCAUGGCAAACUCUGCAUGCAUGCUGCUGUCCGGCUCCGGGAUGCUGCCUCACUCGCUGCACGCGCCGCAUGCCUUCCUCUACUUGUCCGAGGGUAAUCAGGAGGCCAGCAAUCCGGCGGAUGCGAUGGCCCAGACUUACACCCCGCAGUUCGCGCAUCCCCCGCAGAACGGCAUCCCCGCCGAGUUCACCGCGCUUCCCACGCAAGACUACGCAGGACAGAACCGUGUCCCGGAUCACGGCCUGACGCUCUACACACCUGCACAGACCCACAGCGAUCUGGCCAACGCCGACAGCAACAUGCCAGCCAUCAGCAGCAGCAGCAACACAGCACCGACGGAAGACGUGACGCAAACAGAAGUUUCCCAGCAGGUGCCGCAUUCAGAGUCCACGGAAAAACAGCAGCCCAAACGGUUACACGUCUCCAACAUCCCCUUCCGCUUCCGUGACCCGGAUUUACGGCAAAUGUUUGGGCAAUUUGGGAAGAUCUUAGACGUGGAGAUUAUCUUUAAUGAAAGAGGAUCAAAGGGCUUUGGCUUUGUAACUUUUGAAACGAGCACAGACGCAGAUCAUGCGCGGGAGAAACUAAACGGUACAAUCGUAGAAGGACGUAAAAUCGAGGUGAACAACGCCACGGCGAGAGUGAUGACAAAUAAGAAAGUAGUAAACCCGUACACAAACAGCUGGAAACUCAAUCCAGUGGUAGGAGCUGUUUACGGACCGGAGCUCUACGCAGUGACGGGUUUCCCGUAUCCCGCGGCAGGAGCGACGGUGGCGUACAGAGGCGCACAUCUGCGGGGCAGAGGCCGUGCCGUUUACAACACCUUCCGUACGGCUCCUCCUCCUCCACCCAUCCCAGCGUACGGCGCGAUGGUGUAUCAGGACGGAUUCUACGGCGCGGAGAUCUACGGUGGAUAUGCGGCGUACAGAUACACUCAGCCUGCAACGGCUACAGCGUACAGCGACAGUUAUGGGAGAGUCUAUGCAACUACUGACCCAUAUCACCACACCAUCGCCCCGGCAGCCACCUACAGCGUGGGGACCAUGGCGAGCCUGUACAGAGGAGGCUACAGCCGCUUCACGCCCUACUAGAGAGACUAAACCACUGAUUACGCAAACUAACACACAAAACCACUAGACUCGUUCUGCUACACGGAGUGUGAUUUCAAACUAAAAUGCUUCCAGGUCACCCAGUGACCUCAUCCCGACAUCAUUCUCUCAAGUGGACGUUGUGGAAAUCAAUGGGAAAAUCAGAAGAGCAGCUCAUAAAUGUGG